AUGGAAAUCCAAGGCGAAGACGGCACGAAGCUCUCUCUGAAGCCCGGAAUCAAUACGGUGUUCGGAAGAGGAUCGGGAUUGAACACGGACGACCUCACAGUGUCACGCCGCCACGUUUCGCUCGAGUUAAAACCCGCCGCCGCCGCCGGAACCGAACGGUGCGAUAGGGUUUCAUUCGAGGUUCUCGGGAGGAAUUUGGUCUGGGUACGAUCGGGUGAAUCGGACGAGAAAUUUCGAGCUUUCCGAAAAUCCGAGACGGGAGAGAUCGCCGCCGGCGAUAGAUUCUGUGUAUCGGGUCAAGUCCCUGUUUGGUUCAAUUUGAAGCGACGCGAUGGAGUCACGGAGGAGAGUGUCUCGGAUUGUGAAAGUGGAUUGGAUAAUAUCGAUAUCUCUGUCAUCGAUCCCGUUAAAGAGUUUGGUUUUCUUGUGAUUGGGAAAGAAUUUGAUCAGUACCCAAAGAGUCGGAUUCGUGACAUAAAGCAAUGGGAAUGGUUUUUAGAGGAUUCCACGAAUGGAAACAGCGAUGAGGAUGGUGAUGGAGAGAAGAAGGGAAGGAAGGGACUAAGCAAAAAGCGAAGGAGAAAGAAAGGGAAUGAGGACGAUGAUGAUUGGAGUGUGGAUAGUGAGGAAGACAAAGAGUUGGUGGUGAAGUCGAGAAGAGUUAUGACUCCAAGUUACUCAACUAGAUCCAAGAAUACUAAGAAAGAUACAAACGCAACUAGUAGUAGUAGUCAUGUUCAGACUAAACAGUGUGGAAGUGUAGAUGUUGACGAAGAAGAAGAAGAUGAAGAUGAUAUUGAUGAUGAUGAAACAUUAGGCGGUUUCAUUGUUAGUGAUGAAGAAGCCAAAUUAGAAGAAGAGGACGACGAAUCAAGUUCAUAUGAUGAAGAAGAAGUUGAAGAUGAAGAUGAGGAUGAAGACGAGGAUUGA